AUGCACCCCACCCGCGGCCCGCAGUUCUUUCACCUAACGCUUCCCACCGCUGGUCUCCAAGCCCAGGGAGGUGAGCGUGUGUUUGGGCGGGAGAAAGCGCGGGCGCCGGCAGGCCGGUCGGGCCAGCGGCUUCCGUUGGAACGCCGGUCGCUGAGGAACGGGAGAGCUUUGGAUUUCUGUGAAAGGCUGAGUGUGAUCUCCCUGCAGCUGGACAGAUCGACCCGUGAGAUUGAGCUGGGCCUGGAGUACGGCACCCCCACCAUGAACCUCGCUGGCCAGAGCCUCAAGUUUGAAAACGGCCAGUGGGUGGCAGAAUCAGGAAGCUUCACGGGGGAUCGCAGGGAAAUGCAGCGCUUGCGCAAACGAAACCAGCAGCUAGAGGAAGAAAACAACCUCCUUCGGCUGAAAGUGGAUAUUCUGCUGGACAUGCUCUCCGAGACCACAGCCGAGUCCCACCUGAUGGAGAAGGAGCUGGAGGAACUGAAGAACCGCAGCCGGAGGCGGAGGUGA